GGCAAACGCGACCGAAACUGUUGUCUGCACUCGGCACAUAUAAGUCCAGUUUUGAGGCUGAGGGGCCCACCAGUGCGUCACAAUGGGUCCCUGUACACUGCUAGUGUUUGGUGCGCUGGCGAGCUGCGCUGUGGCCCGCGUGGACGACUCUGCCCCGCCGUGGCUGUACGGGCCGGCCCAGCCUGACUCGGAGUGCCCCGCGUACUGCGGCAGUAAGUGCGGCGCCGCGUGCGUGCGCUGCGAGUGCCCCGAGCAGUGCGUGCAGAACUACGACCCGGUGUGUGCGCGCUGCGAGGCCGGACAGCCACAGACCUUCCCCAACUGCUGCGCCUGGCACAGGGCCGUCUGCCGCUUCCGCAGGCAGUGCGACUUCAACCACAUGGGUGUUUGCUAACGUUUUGCCACUUCAAUGAGGAAAUGAAGUUUCUGAAUGUAUCGACAUUGUAUGUAAAGUAAAACAGAGUGUUAUAACCUGCGUAUUUUCUGUAAGUCAUCCCUAUUGUGAACCUUGAGUCGCAUAUUAGCUAUGUUUGCAAACUCGUGCCACUAAUAGCGACAUUUCUGCAAUGACGAACAAUGUUUUAUUCACUAUUAAAGACUAAAUAGCAA